AUGAAGAUCAAUAUUGAUCUACUUAAAACAAUUAUACUUGGAACAAACCAUAAUGAUCUAACUACAACAACAACAACUCCACCAGAUUCAACAACAACAACAGCAGCACAACAAUCACCUAAAACCACUCAUAAAGAUAGAGAUAAAGAUAAGGAUAAGGAUAAAGAUAAAGAAAAAGAUAAAGAUAAAGAAAAAGAUAAAGAUGUAAAAGAUAAAGAUUUAAAAGAUAAAGAUAAAGAAAAAGAUAAAGAUAAAGAUGUAAAAGAUAAAGAUAAAGAAAAUCAUAGUAAUAAUAAUAAUGUAACAUCAACAAGUGGUAGUAAUAGUAAUAGUACAACAACAAGUACUACCACAACAACUAUUAAAUUUAAUGUAAAUAAUAAUAAAGAUGAUGAAGAUAGUUUAACAACACCACAAAAACCACAUAUACCGUUUGUACUGACGUCCACUCUGGUACCACUGUCGAGUUCGUUCUCACCGUCACCGGUUGGCUCUUCGAUUCUGUCGUCGUGUUCACCGAUUGCUUUCUCACCGCUAGCAAACAGCAUAGACUAUGACUCGCAACACUACAACGUGUCGUCGCCGCCCACCUCAAGUGUCACCUCUACACCAACAGGCUACAUGUCACCCCGCUCACCACACAACCAACAACAACAACAACACACAAACAGUCUAAACAACAGUGCAGUAAUAAAUAACCAAAAUAGUCAAAAUAACCAAAAUAGUCAAAACAACCAGAUAUCACCACCAUCCACAAAUAGAAGUAAUUCAAACAAUAACAAUAACAAUAGUAAUUCAAACAACAAUAACAACAACACUAAUUCUAAUAAUAAUAAUAGUAAUAAUACGUAUAAACCACCAAACCAUAACAGGCUGAAACAACGAACAUUGUUUGAGAAACUCUAUACAGAGUCAGGAUUUGCAUCGGCGAAGGCAUGGUACGAACGCAAUACACAGCUGACAGACUUUACUAUGGGUGAAUCUCAAUUUGUCAUACUACUACGCCAUCUCACUGAUUUCUCUACCUUUCAUGUUCUGGAUAUGUUUGAUGCAUUGGACCGUGAUGACAUUGGUGUCGUUGGAUUUGAGGAAUUCUUCCUUCUGGUAGCACUGUACGCCUCGCGCGAGUGUGGACAAACCACCAAAUUCCUCUACCAGCACAGUCGUGUAAUGUUUGAAAUUAUGGCUGCUGGUGGUGAUAGAGGUUUAAAUAAUAAUAACAAUAACAAUUUUGAUAACAAUAAUAACUAUAGUAAUAAUAAUAAUAUGAAAAAUAAUAGUAAUUUAAAUAAUAAUAGUAAUAUAAAUAAUAAUAAUAAUAGUAUAAAUAACAAUAAUAAUAAUAGUUUACAAAAUAAUAAUAAUAAUAAUAGUAAUAAUAUAAAUACAAGUUUAUUAGAAGAAUUAACUAUUAAUUUUCAUAGUUUCACCAAGUUUGCCAAGAUUCUCGGCAUUCCAGAAUAUCAAGUGUUAAACUCACUUGAACGAUUCAAUAUUGUAAUAUUUGAUCAGAUCAACUUUGAGAUGUUUCUGCUGUACUAUUUUGUAAUAUUAGAUGAAUGGGACCGUUCUUCGUACUCGUUUCUCAAGAUACUCUACCACGAUCCCGAUUACUCUGAGCCGAUAGUGCAGCGAUCUGGUACCGGUACCGUCAAUGACGACAACGCCAACUUUGACGGCAGCAGCAACAACGAUGGAAAACCACAACAGCAGCAACCAAAGCCAAUGUUCAACGAGGACUUCCUGCUGUGGCUCGACAGCAGUUCCGUCAAGCUGGACGAGCGUCACAAGCACUACAUCAAAGACCACCUACUGGAGCAUCGUAUCGUCAACUUUGAGAUCGCCGCCACUAUCACCGAGGAGGAAUGGCAGUUGAUUCUCGACAAAGUCACCACGCGUAAAAUAUUUUUGAAAGCACUCCAAGAGAAACUUUCAAGACUACGUACACCACAGAAACGUCCACUUUUAUCAAGAAAAUUAUUUAAUUUCCAAAGUAAUAAUAAUAACAACAAUAAUAAUAAUAAUAAUAACAAUAAUAACAGUAAUAAUAAUAAUAAUAAUAAUCCAAGUCCUGUGGAAAAUAAUAGCAACAACAAUAGCGAUAAGAGUAGUAGUAGUAAUAGUGGAAGUUGUGGUGUAGUCGAUAAGAAGUAUAGAAAGAGAUUAUCGAUUGCUAACAGGAACAACAAUAACAACACUAGAGGUAGCAUUAAUAAUAGUAACUGUAACAGUGACAGUGACAUCGAUAUAGAUAUAGCAUCUUCAUCUUCUGUAUCAAUCAAACUACCAGAGGAGAGAAAAGAUAGAAGCGGCAACUUUAGUCAAUUUAGAGGAAUAAUGAAUUCUACUAUAAAAAAAGUUUUGAAAACGGUAAAAAGGAUACUGGGGAGAAAAGAUGAUUCCGAUGAACCUAUAACUAGAAAUGUAUAUGCCAAUGAUCCAGAGAGAAAUCUAAACUAUCCGACCAAUGUUAUUAGCAAUACAAAGUACACGGCACUCAGUUUCCUGCCAAAGAAUAUUAUCGAGCAAUUUGGUCGACCUAUGAAUAUAUAUUUUCUUAUGAUUGGUGUUCUCCAGUUGUUUCCUGCGAUCACACCGGUCGACCCCAUCUCGACGUGGGGUGCACUCAUUUUCAUUUUCGCAAUCUCCGCCAUAAAAGAAGCGUAUGACGAUAUCAACAGACGUAGAAGAGAUCAUCAAGCAAACAAUAGAAUAUAUAAAGUUAUAAGAAAUAAUAGUAAUAAUAAUAAUAGUUUAAUAUCGAUAAAAAGUUCAGAGAUAGCUGUUGGUGAUAUCAUUUAUUUGGAGAAUGACUCUGAGAUACCGGCGGAUUUAGUGGUGUUGUCUACUUCCGAUGCCGAUGGUGUUUGUUAUGUUCAGACUGCCAAUUUGGAUGGUGAGACCGAUUUGAAGACGAGAAGUGCACCGGCUGCCACUGCCAAGCUGAAUAGCGUCGCCGAGCUGAACAAGUUCCGUGGCGUCAUUGAGUGUCCGCGACCCAGUGCCGAUAUCUACAAGUUUGAUGCGCUUGCUCUUGGUCGUGAUAUUCGGUGCGAUCGACUAUCAUUCGCCGUGGUACGAGUUCAUUAUUAUUCCUCUGCGUUUCCUGCUGUUGAAUUCCAUGAUGAUUCCGAUCUCGUUGAAGGUGACGAUCGACGUCGUCAAGUACUCGCGACCGACUCGUAUGCGGUGGCCAACAGCACUGCACUCAGCGAAGAUCUCGGUCAGAUCGAAUACAUCUUCACCGACAAGACCGGAACGUUGACAGAGAACGUAAUGCUCUUCUCGAAAUGUUCGAUAGACAACCAAAUCUACGGAAGAAACGGUAGUGCACUCACCGACAGCUCACUACAACAGCAAAUAGCAGACAACAAUCAUUCAGUAAUUGAAUUCUUUACGGCGCUAUCACUUUGUCACACUGUAUUAACAUCGAAUCAACCUAAUGGUGAUAUACAUUAUAAAGCAUCUUCACCAGAUGAAGAAGCAUUAGUCAAAGCAGCAUCGAUUUUAGAUAUAAAGUUUAUAGGUAAAACAUCUACAUCUCUAAAGAUACAGGUUAAAGGCGAACCAAGAGAAUAUCAACUACUUCAUUCAUUCGAAUUCAACUCUGAUCGUAAGCGUAUGAGUGUUGUCAUUAGAGAUACAAAAACAAACAUCAUUAAAAUCAUUACAAAAGGUGCAGAUGAUGUUAUUUUCCAAAGAUUGGUUAAAGAUGAUUAUCGUAAUUCAAUUGUACAUAUUGAAGAUUUCGCAUCUAUUGGUUUGAGAACUCUAUGUAUAUCAGAGAGAAUCAUCAAGGAGGAAGAAUACAACCAGUGGUUCACUAGAUAUUAUCAACCUGCAAGUGUAGCCAUACAGAAUAGACAACAACAGCUGUUUGAUACCUACAAUGUGUUGGAGUGUAAUCUAAGAUUGCUUGGUAUCACCGCUAUCGAAGAUAAGUUACAGGAUGAAGUGCCAGAGACUAUCUACGAUUUGCGACAGGCCAAUAUCAAAGUUUGGAUGUUGACAGGUGACAAGUACUCCACUGCCAUUCAAAUCGCUCACUCUUGCCACCUCAUCGGAAAGGAAUGCAAGAUAUUCACCGUUGGAAAGCCGGUCGCCCAGAACGACGACGGUAAAACCGGUGCUGACACUAAGCUGUCUGCACGUGACGUUUUAGAUUCCAUAAUAGAAAUACAUGAUAUUAUAAAAUCAUCAACAGAACAACAUCAACAACAAAUAUAUAAUAAUGUCACAGUUGUUAUUGAAGGUCAUGUGUUGGGAUUGGCAAUGACACAUGCAGAGAAUCAUUUGUUGGAAUUGACAAAGUUGGUGUCUUCUGUUAUCUGUUGCCGUGUGACACCCAAUCAAAAGGCAAUGGUUGUACGAAUGGUGAAGAACACUGGCAAGAUAUGUCUGUCGAUUGGUGAUGGUGGAAACGAUGUGUCGAUGAUCCAAGAAGCGAAUGUCGGUGUCGGUAUUGCUGGACGCGAAGGUCUGCAAGCGUCGCGUGCUGCCGACUACUCAGUGGCGCGUUUCAAAUUCCUGAGAGAUCUCAUCUUUAUACACGGACGUUACUCCUACUUGAGAACCAGUUUCGUUGCCAACUACAGUUUCUACAAAUCGCUAUUCAUUUGCUUCAUUCAGAUAUUGUAUCAGCUGUUCUCUGACUUUGCCGGUACAUCGUUCUUCAACACGUUCUCGCUCACCACCUACAACAUUGUAUUCACCGGUCUGCCCAUUGUCGGAUUCAUCCUGGAUAAGGAUCUGCCAGAGUCCAUUCUCAGAAGGAAUCCAUUCCUCUAUACACAGAGCCAAGAAGAUGCAGAAUCCGACACUGGUGCAAAUGGUCAAUCAAAUCAGAAAGCUAUCGAGCGGACAGCUUACACAAAUCAAACCACAGAAGUCAUUGAGCUGGUGGUUGUCGACGACGAUCACGACUACGAUCACGAAUCUACAGCCGACAACAAACCGACCUACGAAAAAGAAAGACUACUCGGUAUCUACAGCGACGAAGAAGAAUGUAUCGAUGGUGAAGGUAGCAGUUCUCUAUUAAACAACGAAGACGAUCUACAUGAAGAAGAACAACUGGAAUCAUCUCCAUUACUUAUACAGAAAUAA